AUUAUUCAUCAGUGAAGCUCCUCCCACAACAAUUACACUGUCAGUGAAGCUCCUCCUACAGAAAUUACAUCAUUAGUGAAUCUCCUCCCACUGGAGUUCAGCAAUAAAUGCUGUAAAUUCCCAUCAGCUACAGGUGAAGAUGAGCAUCAGAGCAUCAGGAAGAGCUGAAAUCUGUAAAGAAUGAGUUUAUUAAAGAGGACAUUGAGAACAUGAGUGAUCCAGAACCCUGCAGAAUGAAACACACUGAAGAUCCUGAAGAACAAAGAGACCCGAUGGAAGUGAAGGAGGAGAGAGAAGAACUGAGUGAAGUGGAGGAGGAACAUCAUGUCCAACCUGGAGAAAAACGUGCGAGUUUCUCAAAGACUAAAAAUACAUUAUUAAAGAAAAGAAGAGCCAAGAAAUCUUUCACCUGCACUCAGUGUGGAAAGAGUUACACAGCCUACCAUAAUCUUAAGAGUCACAUGAAAGUUCAUACUGGAGAAAAGCCGUUCACAUGUGAUCUGUGUGGAAAUAGUUUAAAAACCAAACGAAAUCUUGAGUUUCACAUGAGGAUCCACACUGGAGAGAAGCCGUUUUCAUGUGAUCAGUGCGGGAAGAAUUUCAGUCAUUCAUCUUCCCUUAAUGUUCACAUGAUGAUCCACACCGGAGAGAAGCCGUUCUCAUGUGAUCAAUGUGGAAAGACAUUUAUCUGGGCAUCAAACCUGAAGAAACACCUGAGAGUUCAUAUGAAGGAGAAGCCACAUUUAUGUUCUGUGUGUGGAAAGAGUUUUUCACGGCUGGAUUAUUUACUUGCACAUCAGAAAACUCAUACUGCUGUGAGAGAGUACAUGUGCUUUGAGUGUGAGAAGACUUUUUCUUUAGCAAGCCAUUUAAAACAGCACCAGAGAAUUCACACUGGAGAAAAACCUUUCAAGUGUCCACACUGUGACAAGAGAUUCAGUGCGUCAUCAAAUCUGAAAACACACGAGAAGAUCCACACUGGAGAGAAAUCUUUCACCUGCACUCAGUGUGGGAAGAGUUACACAGCCAAACAUACACUUGUGAGUCACAUGAGAGUUCACACUGGAGAGAAGCCGUUCACAUGUGAUCAGUGUGGAAAGACAUUUAUCAGGGCAUCAAGCCUGAAGACACACCUGAGAGUUCACAUGAAGGAGAAGCCGCAUUCAUGUUCUGUGUGUGGAAAGAGUUUUUCACUGCUGCAAUAUUUACAUAAACAUGAGAAAAGUCACACUGGUGUGAGAGAGUACAUGUGCUUUGAGUGUGAGAAGACUUUUACUACAGCUGAUCAUUUAAAACAACACCAGAUGAUCCACACUAGAGAAAAACCUUACAAGUGUUCACACUGUGACAAGAGAUUCAACCAGUCAGCAAAUCUGAAAACACAUGAGAAGAUCCACACUGGAGAAAAACCUUACAAGUGUUCACACUGUGAAAAGAGAUUCAGCCAGUCAGCAAAUCUGAAAACACAUGAGAAGAUCCACACUGGAGAAAAACCUUACAAGUGUUCACACUGUGACAAGAGAUUCAGUCUGUUAUCAAAUCUAAAAACACAUGAGAAGAUCCACACUGGAGAAAAACCUUACAAGUGUUCACACUGUGACAAGAGAUUCAGUCUGUUAUCAAAUAAAAAAAAACAUGAGAUGAUCCACACUGGAGAAAAACCUUACAAGUGUUCACACUGUGACAAGAGAUUCAGCCAGUCAGCAAAUCUGAAAACACAUGAGAAGAUCCACACUGGAGAAAAACCUUACAAGUGUUCACACUGUGACAAGAGAUUCAGUCUGUUAUCAAAUCUAAAAACACAUGAGAAGAUCCACACUGGAGAAAAACCUUACAAGUGUUCACACUGUGACAAGAGAUUCAGUCUAUUAUCAAAUAAAAAAAAACAUGAGAUGAUCCACUCUGGAGAAAAACCUUACAAGUGUUCACACUGUGACAAGAGAUUCAGUCUGUUAUCAAAUAAAAAAAAACAUGAGAUGAUCCACUCUGGAGAAAAACCUUACAAGUGUUCACACUGUGACAAGAGAUUCAAUCAGUCAUCAUAUCUGAAAACACAUGAGAAGAUCCACACUGGAGAAAAACCUUACAAGUGUUCACACUGCGACAAGAGAUUCAGUCUGUCAUCAUAUCUGAAAGCACACGAGAAGAUCCACACUGGAGAGAAGCCGCAUUCAUGUUCUGUGUGUGGAAAAAGGUUUAAAUGGCUGCAAUAUUUACAUAAACAUGAGAAAACUCACACUCGUGUGAGAGAGUACAUGUGCUUUGAGUGUGAGAAGACUUUUACUGCAGCAAAGGAUUUAAAACGGCACCAGAUGAUCCACACUGGAGAAAAACCUUACAAGUGUUCACACUGCGACAAGAGAUUCAGUAAGUUAUCAUCUCUAAAAACACACGAGAGGAUCCACACUGGGGAAAAACCUUACAAGUGUUCACACUGUGACAAGAGAUUCAGUACGUCAGCAAAUCUGAAAAAGCAUGAGAAGAUGCACACUGGAGAAAAACCUUACAAGUGUUCACACUGUGACAAGCAAUUCAGUCAGUCGACAUCUCUGAAAAAACAUGAGAAGAUCCACACUGGAGAAAAACCUUACAAGUGUUCACACUGCGACAAGAGAUUCAGUGAGUCAUCAGAUCUGAAAACACAUGAGAGGAUCCACACUGGAGAAAAACCUUACAAGUGUUCACACUGUGACAAGCAAUUCAGUCAGUCGACAUCUCUGAAAAAACAUGAGAAGAUCCACACUGGAGAAAAACCUUACAAGUGUUCACACUGUGACAAGAGAUUCAUUCUGUCAGCAACUCUGAAAACACAUGAGAGGAUCCACACUGGAGAAAAACCUUACAAGUGUUCACACUGUGACAAGAGAUUCAAUGAGUCAUCAUAUCUGAAAACACAUGAGAGGAUCCACACUGGAGAAAAACCUUACAAGUGUUCACACUGUGACAAGAGGUUCAGUCAGUCAUCAAAUCUGAAAAAACAUGAGAAGAUCCACACUGGAGAAAAACCUUACAAGUGUUCACACUGUAACAAGAGAUUCAGUGAGUCAUCAAAUCUGAAAAAACAUGAGAUGAUCCACACUGGAGAAAAACCUUACAAGUGUUCACAGUGUGACAAGAGAUUCAGUGAAAGAUGUCAUUUCACAAACAAACCAAAUAUUGACGUUCACAUGAGCAUUCACACUGAAGAGAAGCCGUUCACAUGUGAUCAAUGCGGAAAGAGAUUAAAAUACAAACAAGGUCUUCAGAUUCACAUGAGAAUCCACACCGGAGAGAAACCGUUCUCAUGUGAUCAGUGCGGAAGGAGCUUCUCAAUCAAACCAAGUCUUCAGAAUCACAUGAGAGUUCACACCGGAGAGAAGCCGUUCAUGUGUAAUCAAUGUGAAAAGAGUUUCUCAAAGAAACAAAUGUUACAGGUUCACAUGAGAAUUCAUACAGGAGAGAAGCCGUACAACUGCGAUCAAUGCGGGAAGAGUUUCACACAGAAAACAGCACAUAAGCUGCACAUGAGGAUCCACACCAGAGAAAAGCCACACGUGUGUAAUCAAUGUGGAAAGAGUUUCACUCAAUCAGGACACCUUAAAGGACACAUGAGCAUCCACACUGGAGAGAAGCCGUUUACAUGUGAUCACUGCGGCAAAGCAUUUCAUAGGUCAUCAGACCUAAAGGCACACCUGACAGUUCAUACGAAGGAGAAGCCGUAUUCAUGUUCUGUGUGUGGAAAGAGUUUUUCAGUGGUACAAGCUUUACAUGCACAUCGCAAAAUACACACUGGUGUGAGAGAGUACAUGUGCUUUGAGUGUGAGAAGACUUUUACUGAAUGGAAAGAUUUAAAACGGCACCAGAUGAUCCACACUGGAGAAAAACCUUACAAGUGUUCACACUGUGACAAGAGAUUCGGUCAGCCAUCGACCCUGAAAUCACAUGAGAGGACCCACACUGGAGAAAAACCUUACAAGUGUUCACACUGUGACAAGAGAUUCAGUCAGUCAACAAAUCUGAAAUCACAUGAGAGGAUCCACAGCAGAGAGAAGCCGCAUACGUGUGAUCAGAUCCAUGCUAACGCGGAGCAGUUCUUUAAUGCAUGUUGAUAUUAACACAAAGCAGGCAGAGAUGGCGUCUUAAAGGGAUAGUUCACUUUGAAAUUAAUUUUCGAUAUGUUUUAUCUUACCUCAAGGGGAUCCAAGAUGU